AUGGCAGACGUCAAGAUAGGCCAGGCAGUCGCCCAGGAUGACCUCGUGAUUCCGCUCAUCGACUUCGCGCCCUUUCUCUCUGGCGACGCGGCCGCGAAGAAGUCGACGGCCACGGCGGUCCUCGAAGGCUUCCAGAAUGCCGGCUUCAUCUAUCUCAAGAACCACGGCAUCCCGCCCGCGGCCGUCUCGACGGCUUUCUCGCACAGCGCCAAGUUCUUCGCGCGGCCCCAGGACCAGAAGGACGCAAUGGCCUGGUACUCUGCCGCCGCCAACCGCGGAUACGUAGCCCAGGGCCGCGAGAAGCUCGUCACGCUCGAGGAGACGGGCACCGAGGCGGAGCUGCGCAAAACGGUGCCAGACCUGAAAGAGUCGCUCGAGAUUGGCCGCGAUGACCAGCCCGCCACGCCCAACAUGUGGCCCACGGGCGACGACGAGGCCGCCGACUUCAAGAAGCAGAUGCUGGCCUUCUUCGAGUCGUGCAAGGGCCUGCACAUCGACGUCAUGCGCGCAAUCGCCCUGGGCAUGGGCAUCGACCACUCCUGGUUCGACGGCUUCACCGACGCCGGCGACAACACGCUGAGACUGCUGCACUACCCUGGCGUCGAGAAGAGCAUCUUCAAGAGGAGCGACGGCCAGAUGCAGGUCAGAGCGGGCGAGCACAGCGACUACGGCUCCAUUACGCUGCUCUUCCAGGACAUCCGCGGCGGGCUGCAAGUCCGCUCGCCAAAGGGUACUUUUGUCGACGCGACACCCAUCGAGGGCACUAUCGUCAUCAAUGCCGGCGAUUUGCUCGCCCGCUGGUCCAACGACACCAUCAAAUCGACAAAGCACCGCGUCGUGGAGCCCCCGCCAAAGCCCGAACACCAAGGCUUGGACGUGUAUCCGCCGCGCUACUCAAUAGCCUACUUCUGCAAUCCCAACUACGAGCGCAUGAUUGAGGCCAUUCCGGGGACAUAUGAGACCGCCGGCAGGAAGUACAACGACGUUUCAAGUGGCGAUUACAUCAUUGGCCGGUUGACUGCUACCUAUUAGGUCUCUGCAAGUAGCUAGAUAUCAAAUCGCGUGUCAAAUGAUAUGUAAUACACGACUAGGAAAUCAAAUAACUAUCAGAUAACCUCUCAAACAAUGCAAUGCGCCUAGUGUGCAUAACACUCAACACCGUAGACUUCGCAAGUCAAUUACAU